AUGGCGGUUGAUUGGCUCCUUAAGCAAUGGGCUCCAAACCUUUUGACACGCCCCAAGGUGCGGAUUGCUUGUGACAGUCUCUCUGCCAUUGAGAUGGCUUUCAAAGAUCGCCGACUUUCUCCAACUGACGCCCAGUUUGACUUGGUGUCAACCAUUUGGGAAGCUAUCCUCCGGUACUCUAUGGAUUGGUGGCCCCAGCAUGUGUAUGGCCAUCUUGACAAGUCCAAUAUCUUUGACAAAUUGUCUUGGUGGGAGAAACGGAACCUUGAGAACGAUGGAAUGGCGGUGGAGUACCGUAAGGAACUUGAGGCGGCCAAUCAUCUCAUGAGCAUAGCCGUCAAUCCUCGAUUCUUCACUUAA